AUGGGGGAACGAUGGAUGAUGCGGCCAUGGAGAACCACGGUUCCGAUCCCCUUCAGUGUCUUCCCGUCUGCGUAUCGGAACGCGGAAGUUAAGGACUCUACCAGUGUUCAGGUAGAACAAGAAGCACAUCUUGAAUACCAGGCUUCACACGGACGGGAAGGUCACGAAGAAAUCCACGAAUCCUUCUCCGCUACCGUCCAUCGGCCACAUCCUCCUCCUCCCAAAUCGACCACCUCGUCUUCAUCUUCUUCUUCUUCAUCGUCAUCAUCCUCGUCGUCUUCUUCCUCUCGCUCUAAGCGUCGCCACGACACUCAGGUCAAGGAAGAGGUUCGCAUCUACGAACAAGAGCGAAUCCGCCGUUCCCAGCCUGCUCAGUCCCAGCACGCUCAUUCGCAGCACGCUCAUUCGCAGCACGCUCAGUCGCAGCACUAUCAAGAGUCGACUCACCAGCACGUCCACGCUCAGCAGCAGCCUGUUCAGCACCGUGAAGAGGUUCAUAUCCACGAGCACACCCGCUACGCUCAGCCUCAAGCCCCUGCCCCAGCUCAAGCCCAGCCCCAGCAGCAACGCGCUCAGUCGUACGCCCAGUCGCACGCUCCGUCGCACGCUCAAUCACACGCGCAGUCGCACGUUCAGUCGCACGUUCACUCUCACGCCGCUCAAUCUCACGCCCAGCCUCACCCUGAGCAAGCUCAGCACGCCCAGCGUACGGACCGUGUAGAGUUUGAACGAUCCCACGACCGCUACCAAUCCCAACCUCCUCCUUCCUCUUCACACUCAAAAGUCGAGGUCCAGGACACAACCUACGACAGACACUUCAACACUGUUCACGGCCCUGCCACCACCGUCACUCAAUCCCAACUCGACGUUACUGAACGUCAGUUCCGUGAACGUACCCGACCCAUCGUCGCCGGUGCUAGCUACUCCAAGGAGACCUACACCACCCAACGCGGUACCUAUCCCAACAACAGGAAGGUAGACAGUGUUGAUUCCCAUCAAACCGAGGUCCGAGUAGAAGAAUCUGCUCGUUCCGCUGCUGCACCCCCCAAGAAGUUCAAGCGUGAUAUGGGAUAUUACGACAACGAGGGCAAGUACCAUUCGUUUCGUCAAGGAAUCUCCAACGCCGCACACAAGGUAGCCGACCGCGUUCAGCACCCCAUCCACCCUCACCGCCACCACCACUCUCACGAGCACUCUUUCGCCGGAGCCAAGUACGACGACCAACGCGAGGAGGUUAUCGUUAAGGAGAAGUUCACCACCACUGCUCCUACUGUUGCCCCUGCCCACCCCGUCCACUCCGGAACCCCUGUAGAGCGUGUCGUUCGCGUCCACUCUUCAAUCCCUCCCCCAGCCCCCAGGUCCGUCUCUGUCGCACCUGCUCCCGCCCCCAAGUCUAUCGCAACCGCGCCAGUCCCAGCUCGCUCAGUCCGCAAGAUGUCUACCGCAAGCACCAUCACCAUCCCCUGCCACCACAUCCGCAUUGGCGAUCUCCUGAUCCUUCAGGGCCGCCCUUGCCAGGUCAUCCGCAUCACCACCUCCUCCCAGACUGGCCAGCACCGCUACCUCGGUGUUGACCUCUUCACCAAGCAGCUCCAUGAGGAGUCUAGCUUCAUCUCCAACCCUGCCCCCUCUGUCGUUGUCCAGAACAUGCUUGGUCCUGUCUUCAAGCAGUACCGUGUUCUCGACAUCCGCGAGGACGGUCGCGUCGUCGCCAUGACCGAGGGUGGUGAUGUCAAGCAGGGUCUUCCCGUCCUUGACCAGUCUGGUCUCCUCUCCCGCUUGACAGAGGCCUUUGACAACGGCCGUGGCAGCGUCCGCAUCCUCGUCAUCAACGACGAUGGUAUGGAGAUGGCUGUUGACUACAAGGUUGUCCACGGCUCCAGGCUGUAG